AUGCGUGACUUUGCAGAGAACCUUAGAACUUGCCCCUGGCGGAUAGUGGAUGACUGUGGUGGUGCCUUCACAAUGGGAGUCAUAGGUGGUGGCAUCUUCCAAGCUAUCAAAGGGUUCAGAAAUUCCCCAGUGGGUGUAAAUCACCGGCUGCGGGGAAGUUUGACAGCUAUUAAAACAAGAGCACCACAAUUAGGAGGUAGCUUUGCAGUAUGGGGUGGUCUCUUUUCCAUGAUUGACUGUAGUAUGGUGAAAAUGAGGGGUAAAGAAGAUCCAUGGAACUCAAUCACAAGUGGUGCCUUAACUGGAGCCAUAUUAGCCUCUAGAAAUGGACCAGUUGCCAUGGUUGGGUCAGCUGCUAUGGGAGGAAUACUGCUAGCUUUGAUUGAAGGAGCUGGUAUCCUGUUAACAAGAUUUGCCUCUACACAAUUUCCGAAUGGCCCUCAAUUUUCAGAUGAUCCCUCCCAGUUGCAGCCCUCCCCAUUUGGAGAUUACAGGCAAUAUCAAUGAUUACAUUAUUCUGCUGUUUCACAUUGUACGUGAGAGUUGUCAUUUAUAAAAUGCUGAAGAACAAGAUGCAGUAUGUUUUAAAACCUUACAUUGGAAAUGGAUGCUGGACCUCUUUUGUACAAACCAUGGCAAGAGGACAUGUCACACUUUUUCACUGUAAACAUAGACAGAACUUUUAGAAGAUCAUACCUAUAUUUAUUCAUCAUAGGGUUCCAUGGUCACACAGUUGAUAUGUCUGACAUAACACGUUAAUGCUUAAGCUGAGGACCAAACAGAAUGCCGUAAUACUUUGGAUAUGGAAUGAAAUGAAUUUCCUUAGGGACUUCUUUGAAGUGUGGUAUUAACCAUUAUUGUUACCUCCAUUAACAAUAGAAACAAUCCUCUCUCUUCACAGUCAGUAUCACAUUUAGAUCACAAUACUGAGCAUUUUGGUUUAUUUUAAGAAAAUUCAUUCGUCAACACUCCUGAGGUGAACAUUGGAGAGGAUGUUGUGUAUUGAGCCAAUGAAGAGUAAUACGUUUUUGGAACUAUCUUUUGUGCUGCAUAAAGUAUUUCUCUCCACACAAAUCAAUUGUAAGUAAAAUAUCUAGCUUAUAAAAGGUUCCUUUCCAGAUUAUUUCCUACAAGGCUACUGUGCCUUGAUUGCUGACCACCUGAAACCUUCCUUAGUGUUUAAAUGCUCAAAAUACUUUAGAAGAAAAGUUCUCUGCAGAUAAGGGUUGUUUGCAUUAACUAAAAGUUGCUGAUUCCUGAGCUUCAGUUGGGAAGAAGAUAUUUUUCUUGUUUUUAAACAUGGGCCAGGAACUAAUUGAAGCAGAACUUGUGAUUUGCAGCUUUAUAAGGCACAAAAAUGUUUGCUUUCCUCCAUUGCUCUAAGAUGCGAUGGUGCAUGUUCUAGUGUGAGACCUCAAGUACUUCACUAGCGUAUACAGUAGCAUAAUAAAUAAUUGACACUUUUGGUGAUUCAGUAUUUUUGGUUUUGAAACUAGUUCUAAUGUUCAAAAUGUAGUAGCUUGCACGGUGGGUUUCUUCCUGUCAUUAAUAGGAAUUAGUGAGGCGUGGCUGUAUUUUGAACAAGAAAACGAAAUAGUGUGUCCAUAAUGCAUAUUUUAAAUUUUCUUGCCUGUUUGGGAACCUGGGCCUUGAAAUGGGUCAUUUAAAAGAAUUGGAACAAUGCUAUACUCAAAUAAGCGCAGUGUAUUGAGUCAGCCAUAUCUUCUUCCUGGAUUGGUACUUGUAAAUGAUCAUGCUUGCUUAACUGGAAAAGAGAGUGUUAGAUCAUUACAAUGUAUCUAAAGAUGCUCAUGUACAAAAUGGAAGUCAGUUUAUAAUAAAUAUAAUUAGUGCAAAUACCACA